AUGAAGGGUCUUAAGGACUUUCGGCGGUCCCUCAACAAGGACCGUCACUCGGGAGGCAAACCCUUGGCCGCCAACGUCGCUCCUGGCACCUUCACCAACGUCAAGGACGCUGUCACAAUUCAGCCACCUAGACUUGUCAUCCGCGCCAUCCGUGACUAUCGCUCCUCCUCUCCACACGAGCUCAGCUUCCACAAGGGCGACUUCUUCCAUGUCAUCACCGACCCUGCUCCCAACGCAGAAUGGUUUCAAGCUAGCAAUCCUAUGACCAACGCACGUGGUCUCGUCCCCGCCAACCACUUUGAUGUCCUCUCCAAGAGCAAUCGUGCCAACCCGGCCACCGCUGCAGGCCCUGGCGCUACCUCUCCACAAAUCGGCAGCAUGUCACCUCCUUCAUCCAUUCCCUCCACAUCUGCAGCAGGUGCAGGCGCUUCCUCCAAAGCCUACGGUGGCCGUGCUGCCGGUGCUGCUAUGGCCGCAAAGGGUGGAGGAGGUCUCUACGCCGUUGUCAAGUACGACUUCCUUGCAGAACGCGCAGACGAGCUUGAAGCCAAAGCAGGCGAAUCUAUCAUUGUCAUUGCCCAGUCCAACUUCGAGUGGUUCGUUGCCAAGCCUAUUGGAAGGCUCGGUGGUCCAGGUCUGAUUCCAGUCGCUUUCGUGGAAAUUCGCGACCUCGUCACGGGCAGACCCAUCGAAGAUGUUCAGGAGCUCAUCGAGAGCGGCGUUGUCCCCAAGGUGGAGGAGUGGAAAAAGAUGACGGCAGAGUACAAGAAGAACACCAUCCCGCUCGGACGCUUCGACUUCACACAAUCAUCCCCGCCGGGCCUCAACUCGCCCUAUGCAAACAUGGCAGCAGCGGCAUCCGGGAGCAGCGGCAACAAUGUCGGUACCCCACGCUCGGGAAUGCACGCCAACAACCCCUCUAUCUUCUCCGUUCCUGUACCAACACCACCACCAAAAGACGACCUCUACAACCACCUCGGCGGUCCAUUGGGCGCUGCUGGCGCUGUGCAGCCAUAUGACGAGAAUGCCAUCAACCCUCUGACGCAGCUUCCGCCCGGCAUGUCACCGGGCGAGCCCCUGCCGACAGGUCUCAUCACUUCGGCAACCGUCGACUCCUUCCACUACGAGCAGGGCGAUUACUGGUUCCGAAUUCAAGCUACACACCUUGCUGGUCCCUCGGCCUCUGCGCCAACCAACGCACCAGUCGCGCCAGAAGGUGAGGAACGCGAUCUUAUCCUCUACCGCCUCUACGAAGACUUUUACGAGUUCCAGAUCGCACUUCUUGAUCACUUCCCGGCUGAAGCUGGUCGCGAGACCGACGCUAACGGUCACGCAAGCGAACGUAUCCUUCCCCUCAUGCCUGGCCCUCUCGAUGUCGUAGACGAUCUCAUCACAUCACAGCGUCGUGUCGACCUCGAUCAGUACAUCAUUGAGCUUUGCUCGUUGCCCGAGUACAUCAUGCGUUCUGAGCUCGUCCGUCUCUUCUUCGAGCCACGACCAGGAGACCACUGCACCUCGCACCCAGCAAGAGGACCCGCCGACGAGCAGGAGAACAACUUGCAGUACAAAGAUUACGGCUACCUUGCAGGUGGAGUCGAUGGAGGCAGUCAGCGAUCCAGUCAGCAGCGUCUUCAGCAACAGCAACAGCAAUUGCGAAGUAACGGGAUCAACAAGUAUGCUGAGGAUCAACCCGUGGUCCGAAGCAGUACAUCGUCCAAAGUGGAGGAUGAGCUCAGUGCCAAGAUGCGUGGUGCCACGCUGGUUUCGGGAUCAGGAGGAGCUUCUUCUGGCGCACGAGACUCUUCCCGCAGCAGUGCAGCAUACGGCGCUGGAGCAGCAAGCACCGGUCGAACAUCCCAAGCUUCCAGCGGACACCGUAAACAGAACUCAUCAGGACCCUCCACGCAACCUCAACACGCCUCUUCUGGGUCUGCAGCUAAUGUUCCUUACCAUCGAAUCAAAGUCGCGAGGCGGAACGAUCUGGACAGUGUCAUCGCGCUACGUAUGCCACCAAGUCCAACUUUCGCACAGCUGUUGGAGAAAGUGAGGGAAAGGUUGGGUGGAGAUAUUAGUGUGUUUAGCUGUAAUGAUAAGUCGGAGUUGAUCGAAGAUGAUGCUAGUUUGACGAGGUGGUUGGAUGAAGCUACGGACAGGGGAUGGAAGUUGAUGUUGCAUGCCUCCUAG